AUGAACCCGAAGCGCGCAGGGUGGAAGCGCGCCAGCCAGGGCGACUCGCUCGUGCGAGCGCUUCUCGCGUCGUUCGCCUUCUUCCUCUUCGCAGCGUUCGUUUGCAUGAUUCUCAUCCUCGUUACAGGCGCAUCCGUUACCAUCUUCGCCGUUCCACCCGGCACAGUUGCGAAGAAACCGGCGGAAGCGCAAGGCGGAGGCUCCGCGGGAGGCGCAGGCGCAGCGGCGGGGGAGGCGGGCGGAGCAGGAAGCGGAAAGGAAAACGUUCCGUUUCUGUCGGACUUCGAUUUAUCGAAGCCAAUCGUCGGAGGGCCUGAGAGGAAGAAGCAGACGAUCGACGAGGCGGAUUUCACCCAUGGCGAGGCUGUUUAUCAGAUGCACCUGGCGCAGCGCAACGAAAUGAUGGGCGGAAGCAGGCCCAAGCCGCCCUUCCGCGGAUGGAAUGCGGGGAAGGUGAAGGAGGUGUUUCUUUCGCCCAUGUAUCCCUGUAGGCGCCAGCAGAAGCUAGCCAGGAAGGGCGAGGCCGCUUGGUGGAUUUGUAACGUCGUGAAGAUUCGCCGCAAUCCACAUCCCAUUAUCUACAGCAUCGGUGCAGUGAACUUAGACUUUGAAGACGCAGCAGCGAGAAAGUUCAAGGCAACUUCCUUCAUCAUCAACCCAUUCCUGGAGGCUCGGACCAAGGCACAGAUCGCCAGGCGGGCGCACCUGCGCCACGUCAGCGUGGGCGUCGGCGCGGCCAAUCAGAUCGAAGCGCUGCGCAAGGCGGCGCCAACUAAGGAGUUUCUGACUCUGCCAACGAUAAUGAAGGAGCUCAACCACACGCAUAUCGACAUCAUGAAGAUCGACUGUGAGCGCUGUGAGGAGGCAGUGAUCCCGGACCUGCUGCAAUUCUUCGGCCGCCAGCAAGCCCCUGCGAGCCAAGUAAUCCUCGAGAUCCACCAGACACACCAUGUGGGUAGGACCACAGAUGUCAUGUUUGCUUUGGAGGACCUUGGGUACCGCCUGUUCCAGGCAGAACCUGCCAGCAGUUGUAACACGUGUUACCACCUCUCGUUCGUGCACGAGAGUUUCGUGAACCCACAGGUUCCGUAUCCACCCGUGCAGCAGCUGCCAGCUUAG